AUGAUGAAGCGCGGCGUCCACGUUGAUUUUCUCAACUUCAUUACCCCGCCGAGUACGGAUCCUAAAAGCGCUCUUAAGGUUCACGAAAUUAUUAAGUUUACCACCCGUUACCAAACUCAUGCCCGUCUAUUCCAAAUCAACUUUUCCAAACUACUCAACUUAAUUGCGCUUACGGAAAAAACUAGUUACCGCAUUAACUUGAUGCGGCGCUCUUUUUACCGCAUUGCCGACCAGAUUUGCCAAAGAGAAAGUUACCUUGGUAUCUCAAACGGCGAAAGUCUUGGUCAAGUAGCGUCGCAAACUUUAGAAUCAAUCGCUACCAUCUCUUCUCAAACGCAGCUACCGAUUUACCGACCGCUUUUAACUUUUGACAAGUUAGAAAUCAUCGCUAAAGCUAAAAAGUACGGAACUUACGACUUCUCAAUUUUACCCGCCCAAGAAACUUGUGAACUUUUUGCUCCGACUAGCCCAACCACUCAACCCAAGCAAAUCGUAGCGGCUAAAUUGGAAGCAAAAAUGCAACCGUUUCUCAGCCAACUGGAAGAGGAUGCCCUUCAGAACCAGUGCCUGGUGUACGAAUUUACCCAGUCCAAACGCUAA